GGGUUUGGAUCUUAAUGAAAGAAUGGUUUUUUUUCUCAGGGUUUGUGUUCUGAUAUCGUUCUCAUAUCUUUGUCUGAGUUAAAGUUUUGAUGUUUUGAUGUUUACGGUUAUUUUUCAUAACUUGUAAUUACAAUUAUUCCGAAUAGGCUGUAGAUUUGCAAACCAACCUUGUAUAUCACAUGCAUGUCAUUCCCCUUUCUUUGUCUGCAUUAAAGGUUUGAUUUUUAUGUUAUUUAUGGUUUGUAGAUUUGUUAUGGAACCUUGUUUAUCACAUGAGUGUUCUUUUUUUGGUGGGAUUGAACCAUAUUUUUAUGUUGAUAUUGAAUUUUAAACGUCUGGGUUCACAUUCUUAAUCUGUGCUUUGAACUGAUUAUUUGUGUUUUUGAAGAGAUGAGUCAAACAAGUGCUUAUGGCCCUUACACACCUGGUUUCAAUACUGUGAUAAAGUUAAACCUGGUAAUUUUUAGCUCCUUCCAUUUGUGUUGGUAUAGUUAUAUGGUUUAAACAUCAAUUUUAAUAAGUUUUAUUGGAAAAACAUUAGGAUGACGUGGAAGUUCCAGUAGAGUUUAUUGCACAAUACAAAUCUAUGCUGGCAAAUCAUGUUGUGGUUAGGGAUCCUGUAGGGGGGGAGUUCACCUUUCAGUUGGUUGUGGGUAAUAAUGGAGGUUUGCUCAUUGAUGUUGUGGUCAAGUUUGUAAAAAUGUAUGAUUUGAAAAGAAAUCAUUGGGCAGAUUUCUCCUAUUGUGGAAAGAACAAGUUUUCUAUCAGGAUAUUUGAUAGACUGAUGAAUCAAAUAAGCUAUGGUGCUGGCCCUUCUGUAAGGCAACCUGAUGUUGGGAGUUCAGGUAAGAAUGGUGAAGAGGUGGUUGUGUCUGAUGUUGGUGAUAAGGAUGAAGUUGGUGGGGAAGUUCCAGUGGAUGAUGUCGGUGGUAAGGUUGAAGUUGGUGGGGAAGUUUCAGUUCCAGUGGCUGAUGUUGGUGAUAAGGAUGAAGAUGGUGUGGAAGUUCCAGUUCCAGUGGCUGAUGUUGGUGGGGAGAUACCAUUAGCUGAUGUUGGUGGGCAGUUUAUGGAUGUGGAUAACAUUGAAGAGAAUGAUGUAAUUAUGAUAUCAAGUGAUGAUGAGGAGGAUGAUGGAAUUGUGCAAUUAAGUGAUGAGGAGGAGGAUGAUGGAAUUAUGCAAUUGAGUGAUGGAGAGGAGGAUGAUGGUGUGGAGAGGGUUAUUCAUAAUUUUGAUAAGGUCAUUAGCAGCUCUGAUUCUGGUGGAGGCCAGACAAUGGCAUUGCCUAAGUUGUAUGUGGUGAAUCAUAUUAGGGCAAACUGGGAGAAUAUCGUUCUACAAACCCCUAGGGGUAGAACUUAUAGUUGUCUGCUGAAAAGAAGGAAUCCAAGGAAGAUUGAUACUCCAAUCCACAUUGCAAAGGAUUGGUAUCAAUAUGUGAAGGAUCAUGAGUUGAAGUAUAGGGAUGUUGUGCACUUUAGGCCAGUUAGCACUCACAACAAUUUGGUUAAUGUUACCAUUACCCGUGGGCAGCCGUAGUGAGUUUGAUGUUUUGUUGAUUUCCUAUUAAUGUUUUCAGUUUGGACCUUGUAUGUUUUGCCUUUGUUUUGUGCAACUUUUGGACUGGCUUGAUGCCCCUGGCUUGUUAGACCUUUUUGGAUAUGUUUUGUGCAACUUGGUGUUUUAUGGAUAUUAGUUAAUCAAUGACUUUAUAUGUUAU